UGUCGGCGAGCGCGGCAAGCGGGUUCCGAGUGGCUGCAGGCGGCCUGGGCUGCCGGGGCCGACGCCUGGGUGGCUGUCGCCGCCGCGCCUGCUGCGAGAUGGCGAUCUUGGGCACGGAAGGGUGAGGGCGCCCGCCGGUGGAGGAGGCGCCGCUGCCGUGGCCGCCGGGCCGCCGGGCCGCCGGGAGCCGACGGCUUCGCGCCGGUGUCUGGGAAAGUUUGGGAUAAGCCACCCUUCCUUGGGGAAGAGUCAUUAUAGUGGAGAAAAUAUUCUUUCCUUGUGGAGACUGGAAUGGAAAUCCUGUCUGCUUAGCGAAAUGUAAGGAAUGAGGCAAUGCUCAUCCUUCCCAGGAACAGGUUGUCUCCUCACUAGACUAUGAGCUCCUUGAAAGAAGGAAUCGUGUCUUACUCAUCUUUCUGUCUCCAGUAUCUAGAACAGUUCCUGGUACAAAGUUUAAGCUGAAUUUUGGGACAUGGCCACUGCUUCACCAAGGUCUGAUACUAGUAAUAAUGACAGUGGAAGGUUACAGUUACAGGUAACUGUUUCUAGUGCCAAACUAAAAAGAAAAAAGAACUGGUUUGGAACAGCAAUAUAUACAGAAGUAGUUGUAGAUGGAGAAAGUAAGAAAACAGCAAAAUCCAGUAGUUCUUCUAAUCCAAAAUGGGAUGAACAGCUAACUGUAAAUGUGACCCCACAGACUACAUUGGAAUUUCGAGUUUGGAGUCAUCACACUUUAAAAGCAGAUGCUUUAUUAGGAAGAGCAACAGUAGAUUUGAAACAAGCUCUGUUAAUACACAAUAGAAAAUUGGAAAGAGUGAAAGAACAAUUAAAACUUUCCUUGGAAACCAAGAAUGGUGUUGUGCAAACUGGUGAAUUAACAGUUGUGCUUGAUGGACUGGUGAUUGAGCAAGAAAAUAGAACAAACUGCAGCUCAUCCCCAACCAUGGAAAUACAGCAAAAUGGUGAUGCCUUACAUGAAAAUGGAGACCCUUCGGCAAGGACAACCACCAGGUUGGCUGCUGAAGGUACUAAUGGAAUAGAUAAUCACGUACCUACAAACACUGUAGUACAAAACUCAUGCUGUUCAUAUGUAAUUAAUGGAGACAACACACCUUCAUCUCCAUCUCAGGUUGCUGCCAGACCCCAAAACACACCAGCUCCAAAACCACUCACAUCUGAGCCUGCCAAUGACACUGUUAAUGGAGAAUCAUCCUCAUCUGCACCAACUGAUAAUGCUUCCACCACGGGUACUGCAAUAGUAUCUGGAGAAACCGCCUUGUCUUCAAAUUGCACUAGUACUACUGUCGAAGAUCCUCCAGUUCAAGAAAUACUGACCUCCUCAGAAAACAAUGAAUGUAUUCUUUCUAACAGUGCAGCAUUUGGGUCUGAAGCUAGAAGUACAUUAGAUCCUUCUACCUCCAGUUCUGGAAGUAGCUCUGCCUUCGAAGCAGCCAAAUUAAGACAGCCAGAUGUCUGUGUGGAACCUGUCCGGCAGCAGUCUGGAAAUGCCAACACAGAAACUCUGCCAUCCGGGUGGGAACAGAGAAAAGAUCCUCAUGGUAGAACCUAUUAUGUGGAUCAUAACACUCGAACGACCACAUGGGAGAGGCCACAACCUUUACCUCCAGGUUGGGAAAGAAGAGUUGAUGAUCGGGGAAGAGUUUAUUAUGUAGAUCAUAACACCAGGACAACAACCUGGCAGCGGCCUACCAUGGAAUCUGUGCGGAAUUUUGAACAGUGGCAGUCUCAGCGGAACCAACUGCAGGGAGCUAUGCAACAGUUCAACCAACGAUACCUCUACUCGGCUUCAAUGUUAGCUGCAGAAAAUGACCCAUAUGGGCCUUUGCCACCAGGCUGGGAAAAAAGAGUAGAUUCAACAGACAGAGUUUACUUUGUGAAUCAUAACACAAAAACAACCCAGUGGGAGGAUCCCAGAACUCAAGGCCUACAGAAUGAAGAACCCCUGCCAGAAGGCUGGGAAAUUAGGUAUACCCGGGAAGGCGUUAGGUACUUUGUUGAUCAUAACACAAGAACAACAACAUUCAAAGAUCCUCGCAAUGGGAAGUCAUCUGUAACUAAAGGUGGUCCACAGAUUGCUUAUGAACGCAGCUUUAGGUGGAAACUUGCUCACUUCCGUUAUUUGUGCCAGUCUAAUGCACUACCCAGUCAUGUAAAGAUCAAUGUGUCCCGGCAGACAUUGUUCGAAGAUUCCUUUCAACAGAUUAUGGCAUUAAAACCCUAUGACUUGAGGAGGCGAUUAUAUGUAAUAUUUAGAGGAGAAGAAGGACUUGAUUAUGGUGGUCUAGCAAGAGAAUGGUUUUUCUUGCUUUCACAUGAAGUUUUGAACCCCAUGUAUUGCUUGUUUGAGUAUGCUGGUAAGAACAACUACUGUCUGCAGAUAAAUCCAGCAUCAACCAUUAAUCCAGACCAUCUUUCAUACUUCUGUUUCAUUGGUCGCUUUAUUGCUAUGGCACUUUUUCAUGGAAAGUUCAUUGAUACUGGUUUCUCUUUACCCUUCUACAAGCGUAUGCUAAGUAAAAAACUGACUAUUAAGGAUUUAGAAUCUAUUGAUACUGAAUUUUAUAACUCCCUUAUCUGGAUAAGAGACAACAACAUUGAAGAAUGUGGCUUAGAAAUGUACUUUUCUGUUGACAUGGAGAUUUUGGGAAAAGUUACUUCACAUGACCUGAAGUUGGGAGGUUCCAAUAUCCUGGUGACGGAGGAGAAUAAAGAUGAAUAUAUUGGUUUAAUGACAGAGUGGCGUUUUUCUCGAGGAGUACAAGAACAGACCAAAGCUUUCCUGGAUGGAUUUAAUGAGGUUGUUCCCCUUCAGUGGCUGCAGUACUUUGAUGAAAAAGAAUUGGAGGUCAUGUUGUGUGGCAUGCAGGAGGUUGACUUAGCAGAUUGGCAGAGAAACACGGUGUAUCGACAUUAUACCAGAAACAGCAAGCAGAUCAUCUGGUUUUGGCAGUUUGUGAAAGAGACAGACAAUGAAGUAAGAAUGCGACUACUGCAGUUUGUCACUGGAACCUGCCGUUUACCUCUAGGAGGAUUUGCUGAGCUCAUGGGAAGUAAUGGGCCUCAAAAAUUUUGCAUUGAAAAAGUCGGCAAAGAUACCUGGUUACCAAGAAGCCACACAUGUUUUAAUCGCUUGGAUCUACCACCAUAUAAGAGUUAUGAACAACUAAAGGAAAAACUUCUUUUUGCAAUAGAAGAGACAGAGGGAUUUGGACAAGAAUGAAUGUGGCUUCUUGUCUUGGAGGAGCUCUUGCAUUUAAAUACCCCAGCCAAGAAAAGUUGCACAGAUAGUGUAUAUAAGCUGUUCAUUCUGUACAGUGAAUUUUCUGAACCCCUCAAAGUAUAAAUGUUUUCCGUUCUUCCACAGAAAUAUGCAAAACAGUUCAUCCUUUUCUACUUUAUUUAUUGUUCCCUUGAAGUGACUGACUAGGAAAAAAAUCAUCCUUAAAUUUUGAAGUUGAAGCAAGGAAGAGACUUUAUUAAAAAUAAGUAUAUAUCUAUAUAAGCAUAUAUGAUAGUGGCUCUAGUUUUAUAGAGCUCAGAGUGUAUUAAACAUGACAGCCGUUCAUUCAAAAAUAAUCUGGAUUUGCUUUACCUUGUUUCUGUUAUCCAGGGGAAGAAGUACAAAUUACUCCAUGUUUUUUUUCCCUUUGUAACACCUCUUGAGGGUGUUUUGUUGCAUGGCUGUUCAGGAAGGUAUUAAGGGCUUAGGCCAAAAUCUUACUUUGAAUAUGUUAAAAAAUGCUGCUGGCUUUUCUUAAGAUGGGUGCUUGAACCUGUCAGUUUGUUUUAAAUAAAUACAGUAGUUGAAAAUUUUCCCUCUUUGCUACAUCUCUAAUAUAGUCAGAGUCAUGAAUGAAACCGUAACUUACAUGAAAGUCAUAUACUAGAUCUACUACCAUUUAGUUUAUUCUAGAAAUUGGAGAGAAUUCACUGAGUAGCAUAGAGGUUUGUUUACAUGUUACUUUGGGAUGCUAGGUAUUUGUGGAAUUAAAAAGAAUCAGGCACUUCUGUACUUUAGUUUUAAAAUAUGUGAUGUUCUUUAAAUUCAUAAUAAAUUGAUGCGAUUUGAUACUUAGGAACAUAUAAAAAGGUAAUGUGAACUUUUCUGCUUUUGUUUGUGUUCCAAGUUUUGGUUUCAUAAAACCAGAUGGAUUGAAGACUUACAUAAGCAUUUGAAAACUCAAGUCUACUGAUUUUCUGUUACUGUUUGCAUAUCUUCAUUCCUCUUAAAUUCAUGAAAAUUCCAUGUAUCUGAAUAAGCUUAUAAAAAAUAUUUUGGUCUCCCCCCUCCUUUUUACAUAGAUUACUAUUUUUGUUCCAAUAACACUUUGUUUUUCAUUAUCAAGGACAUUUACUGAACUACAAAAAUGUAUAACAAGUUAAAAUCUGAUGUGAAUAUUAAUGCUGCUUUAGCAAGCUGGGCUUCCCUAUUAAUAUAAAAAUUUAAAUUUCCACUUGUAGCAUUAUUUCAGUAUGUACUGUAAAUUUCAUUAACUUAAAAUUUUUUUUUUACAACCAUGGAACUGACAUCUUAGAAUGCUACCUGUAACAUAUUUCACUACUAAGUACAUACAAAAGAUACUAGUAUACAAUUUAACUUCCCUAAACAGUAGUUUUUGUUUUGCCAAAAUUUUAUUUUUCUACAUAUUAAUUUAGAUGGUCUUCUGCAUUUUUAUUCAGAAUCCACAGUAAAGAUGAAAUAAAGUCCGUGAUCCCCUCGCUUGAA